AUUUACUACACUAUUUUGAGAACUCUUUGCCUGUUACUAAUUUUUUAAAAAUCACUUUACUCCAUAAAUAAGGGCAAUAAUAUUUUUCAAUGGAAUUCAUUAAACAUUACAAGAAUUAUAAAUAGUGUUUACUUAAUAUAUGACGAAAUCCAAGGAGUCACAUAUUAUUUUUUUAAGAACACGAUUUUUUGAAAAAUUUCUAUGUUGCAUAAAUAAAGGUGUUUCACAAAUUAAAAAAGCUGGAUUAUUUUAAUAAUUUUAUGGACUUCAGAAAACUGCUAUUUACGUUAUACAGAUCUAAUAUUGAAGUAAAUGUAAGUAAAUAUUAAGUAACCUUAAGAAUUUCAUGUCCUUUGUCAAUUUUUGGAUAAAUCCUUUAAAUAAUUCAACGAAUAAACCUCUAAAUUUAUGACCUACAUCGGAUCACAGUUCCGAUUUUUUUUUCUCGGUGCGGUGCAAGGAGAUGCAUUUGGUGCAUUUCGGGGUCGACAUCGGAUGGUUGAUCAAUGGGCACACUCCGGCGAGGACGUCGCGUCGCGAGCGUCGCUUCACACUCGUCGGGACCGCGUUGCGUUCAGUCUAACGCCGCGCGUCGCUUGUACCGCAUCGCGCCAACCGUACAGCCGAUUCCUGCCACUCCACACUCCUGCUGCAAAACGGAAACUGACACGGACCGAACGGGACAGACGUGGAGGUCGCGUGUGGUGGAUUUUGUGCCGCGGUUACUGUGGUACCUGCCCGGUUUUUGUUUGUGGGGAGUUUUAUGAUCGUUUCUUAGGUCGACUGUAAAACUGUUUGGUGAAAAACAAGAAAUACAUAAAAGAAAAAAUGUUGGGGAGACGAACAGACGGACCGUACCCAAAAUAGACGUAUUCAAAUUGAAAACUGAGCGAAAAAAACAGUCGUCAGCAAUAAUUUAUGUGAUUCGAGUGUGUGAGUGAUACAGUUUUUGGGGGCGGCGGAACAGUGGAACUAAUAGAAAAAUUUAAGGGACAGUUUUAUCAAAGGGAUUACAGCAUAAAUUUUCGGGGGGGACGUGAAAGGAAACAAUUCUCCAAAUGGAGCCAGAACAAGUCAAUCUACAUUUCCAUCGACAGAUUGUCGAAAUCAGCCAUGGGAUCUCCAGAAAAAUGCUGAAAUUAAAAUUUACCAACUGCAAUUCAUAAACAAUUUCCUCAAGACGCAAACAGACAAAAUAAAAAAUAAUGUCUAACAUAACAGUGAACGUUACGAACGCGACGAGUACGGAAGUGUUAAAGGAAGUGGAAUGGACGCAUAUCCUGUUGUUGUUCGUGAAGGCGACAAUAAUGGGUUCGAUCAUCAUCAUCUCGAUUUUCGGCAAUCUCCUGGUCAUUGUUUCGGUGAUGCGGCAUCGGAAACUCCGCAUAAUCACCAACUACUAUGUAAUAUCGUUGGCACUUGCGGACAUGUUGGUGGCUAUGUUCGCGAUGACUUUCAAUUUCAGUGUGCAAAUAUUCGACGAGUGGUUGUUCUCCGAUUUCAUGUGCGACGUCUGGAACAGCUUGGACGUUUACUUUUCGACCGCCUCAAUCCUGCAUUUGUGUUGCAUCAGUGUGGACCGGUACUACGCCAUUGUUAAGCCGCUGAAGUACAUGCAAACGAUGACGAAGAAAGUCGUGGCGUUGAUGAUCCUGAACACGUGGACGAGUCCGGCGUUGCUGAGUUUCGUGCCCAUUUUCAUGGGCUGGUACACGACUGAAGAGAAUUUGAUUUAUCGAAAGGAGCAUCCGGAAACUUGCGAGUUUGUCGUCAACACCACUUACGCGUUAAUAAGCAGUUCCAUCAGCUUUUGGAUACCGUGUACCAUAAUGAUAUUCAUGUAUUUAGCUAUCUUCAAGGAAGCCAACAAACAGGAGAAAGAAAUGUACAACCGUCACGGAGCUGCCAUGCUUUUACAUCAGAACAACACCAACGGUGACAUGCUGUCGAACUCGGGUGGUUCCUCCAAGACGUUAACGCUGCAUGAAAUCAAUCAGGACCUACACCACACACCGACCAAGGAGAGGAACAUGAUCAAAAUGAAGCGGGAGCACAAGGCCGCCCGCACCUUGGGCAUUAUAAUGGGCAUCUUCAUCUUGUGCUGGUUGCCAUUCUUCCUGUGGUACGCAAGCGUCACCAUAUGCACCACCUGCUACUGUCCCCCGAUCGUCGUCUCCAUUGUCUUCUGGAUCGGCUACUUCAACUCCACACUAAACCCAUUGAUCUACGCGUACUUCAACCGCGACUUCAGGGAGGCGUUCAAGAACACGUUGCAGUGCGCCUUCUGCAGCCUGUGCAGACGGCCGCCCUCCGAUCUGGACAUAAUCGACAUCAGGAGGCCAUCGAUUAGAUACGACGACCGAACAAGGAGUAUUUAUUCGGAGACCUAUCUGAAACACUCGGACCGGAGGUGCUCGGAGUUCGGUUCGAGCCUUUGAGUAGACUUAACUAGCAGCAGGCUCACCACCACCAGUUUCUAGGGUGGUGGGCUUGCUGCUAGUGCGAACGGAUACCUUUAGGGCUUAAGUAAAAAAAUUUUGGUGCUGUUUUUUGUAUGUAAAAAGAUGAGUGACAGUGAUUACAAGAGUGAUGCAGUGAGCUAGGGUUAAUUUAGUUUAAGGAUGUUAUACAAGUAUAUGAGAAUUUGCCAAAUGACAUGAUUUAUUUCGUUGAGUGAUAUUUAUUUCGUACUAACCAGUUGGGCAAAUCAUGUAUACUAGUCCAUUGAUCUGUUUCGUUUCGAGAUUUGUCCGGCCCCUUAAUUACAAAUAUUUGUUACUUAAACUUAACGAACACUAUAAACGUAGUUUAGGUUUUAGACAUGUUUAAGUUGUAGUUAGAUUUAUGCAUUUUUCUAACCAAUAUUGUAUGAUCGUCUCUUAUUAAAUUAUUAUUAUUAUUAUGAUUACAAUUAUUAUUGUGUGCCACGUAAUGAUAUUAUCAUUUUUUUUUUCAUCCCCAUAAUAAAAUUAGUUGUUUGUUUAGUGGUUCAUCUAUGACAAAUCAGACGUUGUUUCAAAUAAUUUUGUACAUCUUUUCGAUUUUUAUACAAAUUCGUUUAGAUUAUAAACUUAAGUUUAAUUAAUAUUAAUUUAAGUUAUAUCCUAAAAACAGUAUUAUUAUAUUUAUUAUUGUAUUAUUAUUGUACAAGUCGGAAUAAAUUAAUUAAAUUUAAACUACCUAAUUUUGAUAUCGCUUUAGCUUCGGAACGUCUGACUUGUUAAUUUGUGCUACCACACAUUAAAUUUUACGUAACAAAUAUAAAAUUAAACAAUUCAUUUAACAAAGGGAAACAAACGUGCGAAAAGUAUAUCCAAAUAAAGUUUUACGAUCCGUAAACCCAAAUCAAUUUAGACGACAGUUAAAACCUGGUUUGGAUAUAUUUCAAGUUUUAUAAAACUAAGUUAAGACUGCGAUUUUACAGCAAGUUACUAAACUUAUACAAAUGUUUAUAAAUAAGACAACUAUUAAAAUCUAUUAAAUUAAAAUAAAACAAAUUGUAGAUAAAUGUCUUCAUGUCAGAUAUGUUAAUGUACCUAUUUAAUGUGAGGAGUAUCUCUAAACUAAUAAAAACAAGUGUAGCGAUAUACAAUCAUCUUUUAGAUAAAAUGAAAAUGUUCAAUUAUAAGCUGUGUAAUUGACAAUGUAAUAGGUUUAUUCCGAUAUUUAAAUAAUUAUUUUUUGGGCAAAAACUAGUCAAUAAAAUUAAUUACGUAAUUGUGCAAUAUCUGAAUUUGACUUAUUAUAAGGGAAAUUCUACAGAAAUUUUCAAUUAUAAUAGAUAUUUUUAUUGAUAGAUAUUAUUCGACCAAUAGCGUUAAAUUAAGAUUUUUAAGCAAUAAAAACUGUUUAGUAAUUAUACAGGAUUUUCAACAUCGAAAAAAUAAAAUAUAAACAAAUACUUGAACAAUUUUUAUUUGAAUGUGAUUUGUAAAAAUUAUAUUUUGUAAACAAUUGUAUACCGUCUUCCCUAAAAAAAUAUAUCAGUGUUCAUGUUCAUGACAACUCAAUUUUAAAGUAAAAGAACUUUAGAUGGAAAAUUAAUGUAAUAAAUGUUCCAUGUUCAAAACCUAUAUUUGAAUUUUUUACUAUCGUUUUAAGUGAAUGAUUUUAGCGUUAAGAUUUUCGAAAAAGAUUACGUUUCGUUUAUUUGUAAAUAGAUAGUUUGUUGCAUUAUACUUAAAUAUAUUUAUUGUUUGUUAAUAUUUUUUAUCGUGAAAAAUGUUUGUACAUUUAUAAAGUAUGCUUUGUUAUUUCAAUUUUAUGAAACUUACAAUUGCUUUUACACAAGAAAGGACAGAACUAAAAAUAAAAUAACAACAGUAUAAAA